AGAGAGAGAGAAAGAAAGAAUAUGGCAAGGAGCAGGUCGUCCUCAUCGUCCACCACGUGGAGGUACAUCAAUCCGGCCUAUUACUUGAAACGACCCAAACGUCUUGCUCUACUGUUUAUAGCCUUCGUCUCUGUCUCUUUCGUCUUCUGGGAUCGUCAAACGCUCGUCCGAGAACACGAGGAGGAGCUCUGGAAGUUAAAAGAAGAAGUGCUUCAGUUGCAAAAUCAGCUAGAAGAGUUAAAGCAUGAUGAUAUCCCAGUUCACAAGACGAAUUUGACAACCAUGAAUAUUGAUGAUCUCCCAAUUGAUCCGAUUGAGAUACAACGAAGAGAAAAAGUAAAAGAUGCUAUGAUUCAUGCAUGGACCUCAUAUGAAAAAUAUGCAUGGGGCCAUGAUGAGCUUCAGCCACAAUCGAAGAAUGGCGUGGAUAGCUUUGGCGGUCUUGGUGCAACUCUUAUCGACUCUCUUGAUACCUUAUAUAUAAUGGGUCUUCAUGAGCAGUUCCAAAAGGCUAGAGAGUGGGUUGUAACCUCUUUGGACUUCAAUAAGAACUAUGAUGCCAGCGUGUUUGAAACGACCAUAAGAGUUGUAGGUGGGCUCCUCAGUGCAUAUGACCUAUCUGGGGAUAAUGUUUUUCUUGAAAAGGCUAAAGACAUAGCUGAUAGACUGCUCCCUGCAUGGGAUACUCCUUCUGGCAUCCCAUACAAUAUUAUCAACUUGGUUAAUGGUAAUGCACAUAACCCUGGUUGGACUGGGGGUGACAGUAUCCUAGCUGAUUCUGGCACCGAGCAGCUGGAGUUUAUAGCACUAAGCCAAAGGACAGGAGAUCCAAAGUAUCAACAGAAGGUAGAGAAUGUUAUUCGUGAGCUUAAUAAGACUUUCCCUGCCGAUGGAUUGCUCCCCAUCUACAUAAACCCACACAAAGGGACAACAUCAUACUCUACCAUCACUUUUGGGGCCAUGGGGGACAGUUUCUAUGAGUAUUUACUUAAAGUAUGGAUACAAGGAAACAAAACCGCAGCUGUGAAGCAUUAUAGAGAAAUGUGGGAGACAUCAAUGAAAGGUUUAUUAAGCUUGGUUCGCAGAACUGAACCAUCAUCUUUUGCAUAUAUUUCUGAGAAGAUAGGAAGUUCUUUAAUUGACAAGAUGGAUGAGCUAGCAUGCUUUGCACCGGGAAUGAUAGCGUUGGGAUCAUCUGGUUAUGGUCCUGGUGAAUCCUCAAAGUUCCUGUCGUUAGCAGAAGAGCUUGCUUGGACAUGCUAUAACUUCUAUCAGUCCACACCAACAAAGUUGGCGGGAGAAAAUUAUUUUUUUCACUCAGGGCAGGACAUGACUGUGGGCACAUCAUGGAAUAUAUUGAGGCCAGAGACGGUUGAAUCACUCUUCUACCUGUGGCGUUUGACUGGUAAUAAGACAUACCAAGAUUGGGGAUGGAACAUAUUUCAAGCAUUUGAAAAGAAUUCCCGUGUGGAGGCAGGAUAUGUUGGAUUGAAGGAUGUGAACACAGGUGUGAAAGACAAUAUGAUGCAGAGCUUCUUUCUUGCAGAAACACUGAAAUAUUUGUAUCUUCUAUUCUCGCCGCCGUCACUUAUAUCUUUAGAUGAAUGGGUAUUUAACACAGAAGCCCACCCUCUAAGAAUCGUGUCUCGUGUGGCUCCAGGAGAAGGGUCGAAACAGCAUAAAGCAACUAAUAUUAGAGUACGUGCUAGGAGAGAAGGGCGUUUUGGCAAGGCAUAAGGCGAAAGGCGAAUGAAUGUUGUUAUUAUCAUGUAAAAGGGAGAUACCUUUGGGUGUGAUAGAGGAUAAGGUAUACAUAACAGCAGGACCCUGGAUCCUUGAGGGUUCUUUUUUGUUUGAUAGUAAUAUUUGUAUACUUGGGUUUAGGAAGUGAUGAUUGUAUAAGAAGAUACAAUUAGAGGGUCAUUAUUUACUUGCUAAUUCAAUGCUAUACUUUUUGUUGUUGAAUCAUACAGAUUUUCUUUUCAAAGCCAUGCAUGUUA